AGUAGAUGUGGUGGCUGUCCUUGACAUGUACGCUGAGAGAGGACAGUAAGAGAAAUGUAUUGACGCAGCCUCAAAACAAGUGCCAAUUCACUUGUUUUGAUACAAGUACAAGUACAUCGCUCUGUAUGCCACUCACCUGAUCAAAGAGGGUGAGGCAGAGAAAGUACUCAAUCUUUACACCCAGCAUGGCGUGCCAGCUUAUUCACAGUGUGAAAGACUUCAGAAGCUAAUUCUCCAGCCCAUGAGGAGUUUGAGCAGAUGCUGCUGGUUGCUCACUAUUACGCCACACGCUCUGCAGCCAAAGGCAUUGACCAGCUGGGCAUUGAGGGCACAUUGGAUGCUUUAGAUCACACAGACUUCCAGGAUACAGAUAUCCCAUUCGAGGUGGAGAAGAGGGAGGAGAUUAGGGAAUGGGUUUUGACUGUGUCCAUGGACCAGCGGGUGGAACAGGUGCUGCCGAAGGAUGAGAGAGUCACAUUUGAAGCUUCCCUAGUGGCAGCCGGCACUGGCAUCCGGUCCCUACCUUGCGUCAUCACAGGUGAGGCCAUCUGCACAAAAGACUGUGAUGGUCGGAGUUGAAGCAAUAUUUCUUUCAAUUGCUUGUGAACUGGUUCUUUUAAAGAGACAGUUCACUCAAAAAUAAGAAUUCAAUUAUUUACUCAUCCUUGUGCUUUUCCCAACCUUAAUUUCCUCUAUGGAACACAAAAGAAGAUUUUUUUGUUUGUUUUUUUGUCCUUCCAGGGACAGUCAGUGGGGUCCAGUGUUGUUUUGGACUCCAUUUAACUUUCAUUGUACAAAAACAGCUCAAACAUUCUUUAAAAUAUCUCCUUUAGUGUUAGCAGAG